AGUUUUUUGUCUCCUCCUAAUUACUCCACUUGCAGGUUUACUAAAUAAGACACCUGUGAGUAGUUGUGAGCUUGGCACUGCUUACGUAAUUUAAGUUGGCGCCUACCGCAGUGUAUGAUAAGUCAUGACCUGCCCAAUAAAACAGGUUUGUCAGUACUAUAAGUAUGACAUAAAACUUUCUCCUCGACAUCGUCAGCAUAACACUCUACGCUGCAGAUAGGAGAGGGGUCUAACAAUGAAUUGUAGCGUCUCCAGAGUUGAUUUGAAAAUAACAUUACGUUCCAGCAUUGCUUCUGUUUAGUUAAUUUUUAAGAUUUUUCAGGUUAAUUUUACAGGCAAAAUGCACAUUAACCUUCUAACUUUAGGCUUACGUUAACUUAUUACAGUUUAAAAUGUGAUUUAAAGUAAUCGAUAACAAAAUGGAAAAAAAAUUAGGUACUUACGUCAGUUACAAUUAAUCUGUCCUAAAAUUUUUAAAAAGUAACUUCGAAACAGUUUUCCGCCAAACUGUGCUUCGAAAAUAUCAACAAUAACAGACUUCCGUAUCCGAUAGUAAUUAUGUUUAUAUAAUUUUCCACAUACGUGAAUGGUUCAAAAUCAAGUUCGUCCAACCUUGUAUCAAAUCGAUCACCAGCCAGUGUAUUUGAGACCUUAGUCAUGUGAAUACGUGUUUUCGCGGUUGAUUACACAAUGAUUUACAUAACGCGACUACUGUUCCUAACAUUGGCCUUACAAACGGCAUACAGCGAAAAAUGCAUCGGAAUAGUCUUCACCAACCGAUGUUACGAAGUCGAAAUUCUAAAAGAAGGACUCAAUAACAUCCAUCAAAUGGCCUUCAACAAUAAUGAUAACACUCUAUACUUCACAUUCGAUCAAAUCGCAAGGAUCCCAAUGAGAGCCCUUGGCUUUUUCAACUUGGAAACUAAAGCCACAGGCAUCGUCGAAGGCAUUAGAAACGCGACGGGAAUAGCUAUCGAUCAGAGAAGAAAUAGAAUCUAUGUAGGCGGUGCUGAUGGACUAUUCUUCAUUAACGAAAAGAAGGUUCCAGAACAAUUGCCAGUACAAGACAGCAUUCAUUACUUAUUCUUCAAAGACAUCAUAUUCUUUAUCAACAGGAGGAGAGAAGCUUACAGAUUUGAGUAUGGUGUUGUGAGUCCCUUGCAAGAGUUAGCAGGAAUAGCAGUCGACAAAUUAAUAGUUGACGAUGAAUACAAUAUGUUUUUUUUGCAAAAUAGGAAAUUGUCUAGAGUUAAAUUAGGCACCAGAGCGAUUAAUACCCAUGAACGGUACACAGUAGAUGCUAUAACGACUGAUUUUAAUUACAGGCCGUAUGUAAGUGCGACAAGUGGUCUGUAUGUUUAUAAUAAAUAUAAAUACGCCUUAGAUAAAGUUUCUAAUAUAGUUGAUUUAAAGGAAAUUACGUUUAAUAGGCAGGGCGACCCUAUUUAUGUGGUUGUCGAUAAUAUUGUCAAGUUGAACAACCCUGUACCUUAUAUCAGAGAUUAAGAUGUUUAUUUUGUUUGUGAUAAAUUUAUUUAUUGUA